UAUUUUGAAAAAACCUUAAAAAAAAUAGGAGGGAACAUUCCACAUUUUGUAACAUUUUGGGGUGACAACCGUGACAUAGACAUUGAAUCGUCCCCUGAAUAUUUCCUCAUCCCGGAAGCAACACUUCACAAUUGCCAAUUGCCAUGGCAGCUUCAUCUUCUUCCUCCCUUCCAUCAGAAAAUGAAGUGGAGAAGCACCCAUACCAAGAUGCAGAAAAAGCAGGGCCAAAGGGAGCCUUUGAAGCAAGGCAAGUGAAGUUAGGUUUUUAUGUAAGAGUCGACAUGCCCGGAGUUCCGCCGGACGGCGUCAAGCUUUUCAAGUACAGCGAUACUCGUACGGUCACCUUCACCGGUAAAGCCCCAAUUCUCUGGCUUCUCGACUCUUCCGAAAGGGUUUACGCCGGUUAUGUUGUUCUUGAUCGUGAUCCUAAACUCAUCGACAUUGAAUUCAUUGUCAAAAAUGGUUGCCUGAGGUUGUUUUUCCCUGACGCCGAGGGUGUUCUCCACUUUUUCCCUUCUAAUAACCACUUUUCUCUCUCUCCUCAACCCAUCAUUUCUAGAGGUUCAUCUACAUUCUGGCCUUGUCAAGACUCUUAUGAUGACCAAAUUGACGCCCAAUCUAAUGUAAUUUUAGGCCGUGUUGACAAGGUUGUUUCCCACCCCGUCAACUGUUCGUGCUGCAAAGGCGUUAAACGAAAAUCUCAUCUUUCAGUUAUUGAGCCUUAUGAAUAUCGAUAUUCCAAUCCAUACUUGCUGCAAGGAAUGCAAGGAGUUUGCGAUAGCAAAGUGCUAGAUGGGAAGACGCUGUCCAUAAGGGUGGAUAUGCCAGGACUUAAAGAAAACAGUUCAUUUGUAAUGGUUAAUCGAGGUAACAAGCUUACGGCUGCCUAUAGGGAAAGGUACAGAGAGUCUUGGAGUUCGAUGAAUUUGGGAGGGGUUGGACCAAAGGAGUACCGUUUUGAUGAAGGUGGUCGGAAGUACCUUUGUUGUGUCAUCCUUCUAUGUGAUUGCUGUGAGAUUGAUGGUGCAAUUCAACAACUGAAAGAUGGUGUCUUGAGGGUAUCAUUGAUAAAGAAGAAGAAGAAGAAGAAGAAGAAGAAGAAGAAGUAGUAGAAGGUGCAAAGACUGUAAACACCUGAUGUUUCAUCAAGUAGGAACUACGUAGUACUAAUUUGGUUAGGCCUUUUUAGACCAAAUUUAAACUAGCACUUGUACAUUGUUCAAACACUCAAGUAGGUUAUGUUGUGAAUUUUGUGGUUUCCAGACUAUUGGCCGAGUAUGUCCUUAACAAUACGUUUGUAAAUCGAUCAACAUAUUUUGUUAUCAUGGAAAAUGGACGUUUAAAAAUA